AUACAGCACAGCACAUCACAUCUCUUGUGUGCCUGUGCCUGACGAGUGACACUGCACUGACGACGGUCCCGAUCACAGUCGUCACGCACCAACCCCCCCAUCCUCUCCUCGUCUUGCUUCGUCUGACAUUUCCGCUUUCUCCAUCGUAUCCAUUUUCAUCGCUCCCACUCGCGUGUCGCCUGCAAGUCUUCUCUUCCGAUUCUGCUUUUGCUCUCCUGCUGGAGGGCUGGGUUGUGCUAUGAUACUAUACUCAAUACUCGUCCAUCCGGCGACCGUCUUCUUCUCAUUUCGACGCAACAUGCAACAUCCCUCCUGAACCCAACAUAUCCAUUUCCAUUUCUAGCCAAACGAUCAGACGCCGGCCCUUCUUCUCAUACCUCGGUGAUCAAGGUUCGACUUUGAUCUCCCGUUGCUAGUCCCCCCCACUGCCACAUCAUCCUCCACCCUGACACAUCUUGCGGUGGGAUUAUAACCCAUAUUUGAUCUACCGCCAUUCACGUCGCAGAGUAUUUGGACUUUCUUAAAAGCACAAGUCCCAACUCAAUCCUGUAUAUUGCGCAAACAAUAAUCUCUGCCCUCUCGUUCUCAGCUUCCUUCAACUCACCCCUGGUGUCUCGACCCACUCCAUACAUCUCACCAACGCUGACUAUUUCAAUUCCAGCGGUCUCUACUCGCUUCGACUCCCCAGUAUCCCUCUUGUCCAACCACGUCUCGUGUACCCACUUCCGCUUUCGUCUCGCUUGUCAACUCCCAAAGCCUUCUAGGCUAUUUCCACCUUUCCCAAUCUUCUCCUCAUAUCACAGCAGCCAUCCACUCAUUCCGACUCACAACACUUCACGUGGCAUACUCAUCUAUAUGCUUUCUGACUGAGUCAUCCAAAUACUUUUCUUCCAUAACACGACUCUUCUAGUUUCUUGGGUUGGUAUGUUUGGUUGGACCACAGAAUGAGACAGCCAUUGGCGACAAAUCAUGCUGUUCCCCGCCGGUUCGUUGCCUUCUCCGCCACCCAUUGACACCAAGAAAGCGUUGCUGCUUCUCGACUUCCAGAAUGAGUUUGUGAGCGCAGAAGGAAAGAACCUCAUUCCAAAUGUCAAAACUUUCAUAUCAAAAUUACCCUCUCUCAUUUCCGAGUUUCGUACCAAAGGAGAAGUCAUUUGGUGUGGCACAGAAUUCGUCCAUCCUCGUUCUUCUCUCUCAGAAACGACAGGGUCUCAGUGUAUUCUCUCGAAUCAAUCAUUGACACUGCGCGAAGAUGACUAUGAUGGUGAUGAUGACGACGAAUACACCAGAACCAGGCCCACCAUCGCCGUUGAAGACUCGCCGUCAAGCAGCCCAGCGCCCCACCAUCUGAUCGAUCCUGAGGCAUUCCUUGGGCCACUCAAGCCCUCAGGUGCCAGAUGUUGCCUCCCUGGAUCUGCAGGCGUCGAAUAUCCAAAGGUCCUUCAGCCCGCAAUCGACCAACGACGCGAUCUAGUAUUUCUAAAGUCCCAUUACUCGGCAUUUGUGGAUACUCCACUUCUCACCCAUCUACGGACAAAUCUCAUUACUGAACUUUAUGUCUGUGGUUCCAUGUCCAAUAUUACAGUCUACGCCACCGUUCUGGAUGCUGUCUGCCAUGGCCUGCAGGUUUGUGUUGUUGAAGACUGCCUAGGAUAUAUCAACGAACGCUGCCACAUUGAAGCAAUGUGUCACAUGGCCGACAAUAUGGGCGCAAAUGGCAUUGACUGUCAGGAACUACGCGACGAUCUCGCUGGCCUUUUGGGCGAUGUUGUCCGAGAACAGGAUUUUGGGGCGACCUUUGAGAUCCGCCUGCCUGUUGCCCCCCCUUCCACCACGAGACCUCGUGCCACUGCGCAACAAGCUGAUCAAUGGGCCUCCUACUUUCACGCCGAGUCUGGUCAAGAAGCGGAGUCGAAGAGUGCCAGAGAAGCGCCAAGCCCGCGAGAACAAGGAGUCAUCCAACAUCACUCAUAUGCGAAUAGUGAGUCAUCAUCUUGCAAAGAGCCCAGGCGUACUUCUCCUUGCCACAGUCCUCCUCGAAAGAGGUCACCUAGUGCUGUAGAUCCCCCCGAGCAAGAACCUCUCCCCAAAUCAUCGCACAAACCUUCCAACCGUGUAUCGAACCCGAGAACUCUGACUGAACAACCAAACACACAGGACUCCCAGCCAGUACAUGACCUAUCAUCUGCAAAACACUCACAGACAGCUAUCGAUGCUGCAAUGUCCGCCAGCAUGCCCCUUGACGAGACCAGCACAGACGUUGAUCAGAGCGAGAUUAAGAUCCAGCCAGAUUCCAAGCAGAGUGUCACAGGCCUAGCACCCAACCAAGACAUUCUUGAUUUGUCAGGUGCAUCAGCGGGGAAGAAAAAGAAGAAGUGGGAAGCAAGAAUACUAGAGUCAGGAGAUGUCAUGGGACAAGGCGAUUCUUUUCUACAUGUCCAUCUUCUCGACUCCGAAGACGCCAGCGCGGCGUUUUAUACAUGCAGGAACUCGGUCCAGUGGCAGAAGAUGUUUCACAGAUCGGGCGAAGUCCCUCGCUUGGUAGCUGUCCAAGGAUCAGUCUCAAAGAACGGAUCGCAAGUUCCUGUGUACAGGCAUCCCGCUGACGAAUCGCCGGAGCUACGACCGUUUGAUUUGACGGUUGAUGGUCUCAGAAAGGAAGCAGAAAAGAUCGUCGGUCACCCUCUGAAUCACGUGCUGAUCCAGUGGUAUCGCAACUGCGAGGACAAUAUUUCGGAGCACUCAGACAAGUCUCUCGACAUUGUUCGUGGUUCGAAGAUAGUGAAUCUCAGUCUCGGUGCCCGUCGGACGAUGACUCUGAGGACCAAGAAAUCCGCAGUUGCAACCGAUGGCAGCGUUCAAACUUCAGAUACAGUCCGGCCAUCGCAGCGAAUACACCUUCCCCACAAUUCUCUCUUCAUACUUGGCCCGGAGACCAAUCGACACUGGCUACAUGCCAUUCGAGCUGACAAGCGGCUGCCUUUUGAAAAGGACCCAACUGAGCUCGCCUUUGAUGGUGAGCGCAUCAGCUUGACCUUCAGACAUAUCGGGACGUUUAUCGACCCCAUCAACAAUACAAUCUGGGGCCAAGGGGCAACAGCCAAGACGCAUGAUGCGGCCGUGCCCUUGAAGACUGGUGCAGAAGCAGAGCGGGAAGGAGAGAUGAUGAUAAGAGCAUUUGGUCAGGAGAAUCACCGCAGCACUGAUUGGGAUUGGGAUGAGUGGUACGGCAAUGGCUUCGACGUCAUCAAUUUUGAAACAAAGCCGCCGGUAUGAAUGUAUGUUGCAGGUCGAGUUUGUGCUUGAACCACUCGCCGCCAGUAUCUUGAACUAUAGCAGCCCACCGGUCUUAAGCUUCCAGUGGAAGGAUCAACACCACUUCGGGCCCGACCAUCUAUAUCUUUGGGCCUCCUCACAACCACAACCUACCUCUUGGAAUCAGGGAAAGAAAACUCGACAUAGACCCAUUUUCAGAUGGGCACAGGACUUUUUGGCAUACAGAUAGUUUUCGAGUCAUUUGGGUGGUCGGUUAACAGCAUGAAGAGGGCCUUAGCGAUGGCGUCUCUUUUGGAGGAUCAAAACAUGUCAUGAAACAAAGAAACAGAAUGGCUGGGAAAAGGGACAGUUGAAUUGAUAUUGGGAUUUGCCACACGACAAACAAACUAACGGGUAGAACAUGACAGCAGGGUGUUGGAGGAGCGUUUCCUUUCUUAUCUUGGACAUCCUCUGCCGAAGGACAAGGCUUUACGUAUGCCUUUUGGUCUGUGCUUUUCAUGAUCAACGGGAAAUGGGCUAAGGAAUAGGGCAUGGAAGGACAUCACCACAUUGAAAUUGACAAGGACGGUCUUUGAUAAGCUUGGAUGCGAUGGACGGAUGGACAGCAAGCACGGCAAUUAGACAUGGUAGGGAUUGAAGUAGUCGGGAUCAACGGAACCCCCUUUUGAUGGUUUAUAUAUCUACGAUCUGGUACAACAAAAGAAGUUGGAUUCUGAAUAGUCAUUCAUUACUGUCCAUGUUGUUUCUGAUCUGCCCUGCUCAUGAGGAGAUCUCGGAAAC